AUGACAGAGGGAAAUUUUGAGAAAUUAAUGAUAGGGAUAAGAGUAAUUGUAGCUGAACGAUUAGAAACUUCAUUGCUCUUGGAUGAUCUAUUAAGAGAUUUUACUUUUCCUGUUUCACAGGAGCUCAAUGCUUGUGCGGAG